UCAACUCGAUGGUAGUGUGUUCAGAAAAAUGGCACGGCUUAUAUUUUUCAUUCUCUUCGCAAUUUUAAAUUGCCUGAAUAUAUCAGCGUUAACACCGGUCAAAUAUCAAUAUUUAGACAAUUUUGAAUAUGAAAUUGAUCAAAUAAAUUAUCGAUUGCCAAACAAUACAAAGCCAGAAGCAUAUAAUGUAUUUUUAAGAACGGACGUAGCCAAUGGCAAUUUUGAGUUUUUUGGUUCCGUUAAAAUCACCAUACGGGUGCUUCAAACAAGCAAUGAAAUAACAUUACAUCAGCGUCAAUUGAACAUAACUAAUAUUGAAUUGGAGCAAAGUGAUGGUGAAACUAUUCCAGUUUUGGGAAGUGAAUACGAUAAAAAAACCGAAUUUUUUACAAUCUCAACGGCCAAUGAUGCACUCAAGCAAGGAUCAAAAUUAUAUUUGUAUAUCGAAUAUGAAGGAGUGUUGAGAGAAGAUUCGGCCGGAUUCUAUCGAUCGUCAUACGCCAAUGAAGAUGGCAAGGAAAUAUGGCUUGCCACUACUCAAUUCGAAUCAACUGAUGCUCGCCACGCAUUUCCGUGCUAUGACGAACCAUCUUUAAAGGCAACUUUUGAUAUUGAUAUUGAACACAACUCUGAAUAUACAGCAAUUUCAAAUAUGCCAGAAAAACGCCAAGAAAAACGUGGAGAACGUACAAUAACAUAUUUUGAACAAACACCACCUACAUCGACUUACUUGAUAGCAUUUAUUGUUUCGGAUUUUGCGUUCAAAGAAAAAUCCGAUCAGCAUGGAUUUAAAUAUCGGGUAUUUGUAAAACCACAUGAAAUCGAAACGACAAAUUUUGCAUUAGCCGAUAGUGAUAAAAUAUUAAAUGCAAUCAGUGAAUAUGUACAAGUUAAUUUCACAUUACCGAAAAUGGAUCAAGCAGCAAUCCCUGAUUUCAGAGCUGGAGCUAUGGAGAAUUGGGGCUUGGUGACUUAUAGGCAAGAGCUUUUAUUAUUCAAUCCAUCUAUUCAUUCUGAGAAUAGAAAGAAAAGUAUAGUUACCACAAUUGCGCAUGAAUUUGGCCAUCAAUGGUUUGGUAAUCUCGUGUCGCCAAAAUGGUGGACCUAUUUAUGGCUUAACGAAGGUUUUGCAACUCUGUUUCAAUUCAUUGCUACCAAUAUCGUGCAUCCUGAAUGGAAUAUAAAUGAGCAUUUGGUAACUAGAAACUUACAACCGGUUCUAAAACUCGAUGCGAGGAAUAAAACGCGUUCCAUGACGUAUUAUGUAGAAAGUCCAAGGGGAAUUCAAGGCCUAUUUGACCACAUUUCCUAUGCAAAAUCUGGAUCAGUUCUUCGGAUGUUUUUGCAUGCAUUUGGUGAAAGCAGUUUUAAGAAAGGACUUAAUUACUACCUUACACAAAAAUCAUUGGAUGUAGCCGAUGAAAAUGAUUUAUUCGAGAAUUUAGAUCGUGCUGUUAAAGAGGACGGUAGUUUAGAUGAAAAUUUGAGUGUAAAAAAGAUCUUUGGAUCUUGGUCAAAUCAAAAUGGGUUCCCAUUGCUUACUGUCAACCGAAACUACCAACAAAAUACGAUAAAAAUUUCACAAGAAAGAUAUUUUGAUUACUAUCCACACCCAGAAGCAAAUUCAACAUCGUAUUGGAUUCCAUAUAAUUUUGAUACAUCCAAUAAUGUAAACGUCAACGACACGUCGGUAGAUGGUUGGUUACCAAAAGGCAUUAAAUCAAAGCUUAUCAAACCAAAUGGAAUUAAAACCUGGACAAAUGACGAUUGGGUGCUGUUCAAUAAGCAACAAACUGGUUUUUAUCGAAUUAUGUACGAUAAAAGAAACUAUCAAUUGCUUUUGAAAGAGUUGAAUUCGGGCGAUAAAACCAAAAUCCAUCCAUCCAGUCGGGCUCAAUUACUUGAUGAUCUCAAUGAUUUUGCUUUGACACAUCGAUUACCAAGCGAAAUGUAUUUCGAACAUAUUAAAUAUUUAAAACACGAAAUACAUAUUGCUCCAUGGAACACAGCAAUGGACGCACUAUUCAAACUAAAACAAUCACUGAUUGAAGAUAGCGAUACGUAUAAAAAAUUUAGAACAUUUGUUGUUAGUAUUGUUGAGCCAUUUUAUCAAAGCAUUAAUUGGAAAUCUACCGACUAUGUUGAAAAGUCAAAACAGCAAAUCGCCAUCAAAGUAGCUUGUGGAUUUGGCCUCGAAUCCUGUUUACAAAUGGCCGAACAAUCACUUGAAGUAUCAAUUUUCAAUGAUAAUUUUGCAGCAGACACAAGAGGCGUCAUUUACGAAAAUGGUAUCAUUAAUGCAAAAUCAAGUGUUGUUGGUAAGAUUUGGGAGCGACUGUUGUCAUCGAAAAAUUCAGAAGAAAUUCAAGAGAUAAUUAGUAGUCUUGGAAAUAUUGGAAACGAAAAAUUGCUUGAAGAAUAUUUACAUAAAUCAUUUGAUUCGAAUAUAAAUCUAAAAGAAGAAGCGCGUUUGGCCAUAUUCUACUCAAUUGCGACCAAAAGCCGCAUCGGACUUUCAUUAGCUCUUAAUCUAAUGGAAAAUCAAAUCGAUCGAGGAUGUCUGUUGAGAAAUGGAUGUAAGCAACUCAAUUUGGAUAAAACCAUUUCACUUUUGGCGAAAUACAUCAGUACUGACGAUUCUAGAAAUCAGCUUGAAUCAAUUUUAAAGACUAUGUACAAAGCAAAAUCAUUAGAAGAAGAAAGAAGUGAAGAUAUCACAGACUCAAUGAACGAAGCAAUGAAAAUGUUCGAAUCAAGGCGGACAAUCGUUGAAGAAUAUUUUAAGACAUUGUAAUUGUUUUUUUUACGUUUUUCAUGUUUAAAUAUCAUGAUAUUAUUGUAAGCAAUGCUCAUCAUAGAUAUGGUAACAUCAGAAAAAUCAAUUUAGUUACAAUUUUUUGUAAUACAAAGAAAAUAAAUUAUUAAAUUUCUUUGAAGAAUUUAAUCUUUGAAUAUAAA